CGUCAAAAUGGCGGCAUAGGUUGGCAACACUAGAAAAACUAAAAGCUUCUGAUGUCUCUUUCUCAAUAAUGAAAAUUAAGGAAGUAUUUCAAUAUGGCUGCUGAUACCCAAACAACACUUGCUUUUAAUGCCUUUCAAACACAGUUAAAAACUCUUUGUUUGAAAGAAUUUCCUUGUGGUCCCGGAAAAUGGAGGGAGUCAACUACGAAAGCAGCAAAGCCAAAGAAGAAGUCUGUCAGCAAAAUUGAAAGCCAAUUUUCUGUCACAUUAAAAGACUUUGGUGCACAGCAUGAAAAAACAGAGACCCUCCAGGAGUAUGUUGGGUCAGCACGGUCACCAUGGAGCUUGGAUUAUAGCUGGUCCCAGGAAGCCAAGAAGUUAAGAGAGUUGGCAGUUAAAUCCCCAUGGCUCAUAGAUGACAGCUUUGUCUUUAACUACUUUAAAACUUUGAGAAUCGUGAAUAAGAAUGUGACAGAGAUAGAUGCAAACCUACUGCGCUUCCACAACCUGGAGGAGCUGACUGUGAGCUGUAACCUCAUCUCCUCCAUCAACGCCAACAACCUACCAGCUAACCUCAAGGUGCUGGAAGUGUGUGCCAAUGAGGUGAGUGACUUGUCAUCCCUGUGUGAAAAGCCCCCACGCCUCAUACACCUUGGCCUUGGCUACAACCGCAUCUCUGUCAUUGGAGACUAUCUCACAGGACUUUACUGGCCGGAGCUACUGUCACUGGAUUUGAGUAACAACAACCUGAGUGACCUGCUGGACAUUGUGCAGAAACUGGGCUCGCUGCCAAAACUGCGCAACCUCAUCCUCCAGGGAAACCCCCUAGCUCUAAUCCCUGGUUACCGUGGCUACACAGUAGACAGCUUACGGAAGCUAAAUGUCCUAGAUGACAUCAUGAUAUCGGCAGACGAGAGGCAUUACUUCAAGGGUCUAGCCAGGAGAAGAGAGCACAUCCUGGAUGAGGCCAAGCUUCUGUUCUCAGUUUCGUACAUCAAGGGGAUACCUAUGCCAGAUGAGAUUAAGAGCCCGGAGGAUCAGCCUGAGUUCCCGGUUGUAGAGAGGAAGUACUUUGUGCAGUUCAUGUUCUUGGCUGACACUUCUGUGAGACCAGAGCCCGAUCAGACUGCCGGCGAAGAUGAACUGGCUGACAUUGCAGAGCUGUCCGCCCUACAGUCAGACAGGACAGUACCUACAUCAGAGCGAGAACAGAUGGAUGCCGUGGAGCCAGUGGAGAAGAACGUGUACUUUACUGAGGCCCCUGACAUCCUCCACACCAUUGAUCAUGCUGCUGUGAGAGAGCCGACCCCGGAGCUGCAGGAGAAACAGAAGGCUGAGGGCGAUGAGGAGGAGCAGGCCAGCACAAUUAAGCUGUCGGCGGUUGAUUCUGUGAAGCUGCCGUGGUCUGAGGAGGUAGAGUGUAACUGGAUGUCAGCAGUUGUCAGGGAUGACCUCAUCGCCCUGCGAGACUUUCUAAAACAGGGCAUGCAGGUCUCUGUGCUUGAGGAACUGACAUUAGCCUAUCCUAUAAUCCCGGAGGAGACAGCAGAGGUGGCCCAAGUGCCCAAGAGUGGGAGUGCGCAGUCUAGGCAGUCAAGUCGUAUGAGCCGAGCUUCCAGGAAGUCAAAAUCGUCAAUGAAGAGUCAGGCGGUGGAGGGAUUCCCCCUUGAUGCCUCCACUCCGGUUGCUGGAGCCAAACCUGCAAAGAAAGAUAAAAAAGAAAAAGAUGAGAAGACAAAAAGUGGCGGCAAGGACGGCAAGGACAAGGGGGACAAGAAGAAGAAAAAGGGUGAGCCUGAGCAGGAAUUGAAGCGUAACCCCCCAACGUACACCACCCUCGCCUCCUGGCAUGUGCCUCUAGCGGAGUUCCUGGAGGGGGAGUUUACGUACCAGGGUGUGUUUUCCCAGGGACACGUAGAGAUAGCUUCUACCGUCAAGAGUCUUGACUUUGAAAACAGCAGAAAGAACUCCAAAUCCCGUACAUCCGGAAGAGGGUCUAGCAGAAAUUCUAGAAAAGAUGGUGCUAGUUCAUCUCGUCGACCAUCUCGCUCAUCUCGCACGGGUCUCCUUGAUGACAAGAAAGCAGACCCAAAAGAUAAAGGCAAAAAACCAACUUCAGCUGGCAAAAAGAAAGAAGACCCAAAAGACAAGAGUAAAGAGCGUAAAGGCAGUGCAGCCAAGGGUGGUAAAGCUGAUACCAAGGGGGACAAGAGUGGGAAGGGCGUUAAAGGGGGAGUCGCUGCCCCUGAAGAAGAGGAGGAUGCUGGACCACCACCGCCACUCGAGAUCCAUGUGGAAGUAAACCUGCACCACUGGAAGACAGCCAUGGACCUGCUGAAGGAUGAGGAGGAGAGGAACAAACCUCCAACUGAAGAGCAACAGGAAGUCUGAGGAACUUUGGGUACAAAAACCCACAUUUCUGACUGAGUAGUGACUGGCAUGGACUAAAGUCCUUACACAAAAAUAUUUUAAAUUAAAACAAAACAUAUUUUUGUUCCUAUACUAAGUUUAAUUUAUCAAUAUAAUAACUGUUGAGUGUUUAUUUUGAUUAUAAAUUAACUUUUUUUGUAUUGUAUACUGUUACUAUUUUAGAUGUUUGUAAAAUCUAAGUCCUUGUUUGUUUCUGGAAAGUAGGGUCAUAACAAAUUAUAAAUUUAAUGGUAGCAUAAUGGACUUUUACAACAUUGCCAAACUAGAUUGGAUAGUAACUUAUUUAACAGCUUCAGCAAAAGACAUACAAGAUGAAAAGUGCUGACACUAUUGAAAAGCAAAGUAUAUGCAGAAUUAUUGUGUUUCACAUAUUGUAAAACCAAGGUUUUUCUAAUUUUUUUCAAUGAAAUUUGGAGUAAAUGUGUUUUUGGGGAUUCUGCAACAGACACUGUAAGAUUUUGCUUAUAAAUCAAAGAAAAAAAAAUUAAGGAAAAAAUGGUUACUAUUAAAAGAUUUGUUCCAUGUGAAGUCAAACAUUGAAGAAAAUUUUAAAAAUUAUUUCUUUUUGAUCAAAUGCAUUGCCUUAUUUCAGAAUAUCCAAACAAAUACAUACUUAGUUUUCAAACGUUGGGUUUGUCCAUUUUGAGGAAAAUUGGAUUUUUAACUCAACUAUUCAAAAUGAAAUGACCCAAACCUUUUAUGGAUAUGUCAGAUCAGAUUUAACACAUUUCAACCAAUUUUGAUUUUGAAUGAAAAACAAAUGUUUAUCACCAUAAUCUUGGUUCUUGAGUAAGUAAAACUCACAAUAAUUGUAUUACCUUGUAAUAUGUAUAAAUCAUUACAAUUACAAGUCGUAGAAGCCAGGAGGUUUCUGUUUUAGUUUUAACAAUGUGAUUAUGGACACAUUUACACAGGUGUUGCCUCCAGUUGUGUGAUGUUUAAUUGUCUGUGAUAUAAACUUUAUCAAAAUGAAAUGUUUUAUGUAACUUUUUUAAUCAUAACAUUUUAUACUUUGUUGCAAUGAAAUUUUAAUGACAUAAAACAGAUUGUUUAAACUGG